AACCCUCAAAGCACCCACCCCAAAACCCUCUCAAACUCUCCCCUCCUCCUUUCGCAGACUAAACAUGGCGAACAAAAGACAGAGAGAGGCACGCAAGAGAUUCAGAGCAGAGCACCCAGAACUGGUUAAAACCCCAGAGCCAACUCCCCCGAAAGACCCAAGCAAGAAGAAGAAGGUAAAGAAGCCCAGUUUCAAGCGCAAGAGAUCAGAAUCUGGAGCGCCCAAUGACCCCAAUAGAGCAGCCAAGAAGUCUCGGAGUAAACACCCACUUAGAGUCCCUGGUAUGAAGCCCGGAGAUAGCUGCUUCAUUUGUAAAGGCACUGACCAUAUUGCCAAGCUUUGCCCUGAGAAAGCUGAGUGGGAUAGGCACAAGAUAUGCUUGUUUUGUCGACAACGCGGGCAUAGUCUGAAGAAUUGCCAAAAGAAGAAUGAGAAUGAUACGGAGGCGAAGUUAUGCUAUAAUUGUGGGGAAACCGGGCAUUCGCUCUCUAGAUGCCCCUUAUCUCUUCAAGAUGGAGGAACUAAAUUUGCCAAGUGCUUCGUCUGUAACGAGACUGGUCACCUGAGCAAGGACUGUCCUAAAAACUCUCAUGGGAUUUAUCCCAAGGGUGGUUCUUGUAAAAUAUGUGGUGGUGUGACACAUUUGGCACGAGAUUGUCCUAACAAAGACAGCAGGAAUUCAAUAGGUUCUGGCAAUUCUAAUCCCAAAUGGAAUGAACCAAGAGGAAAGGUUACCAAAUUUGCGAGUGGAGAUGAUCUCGAGGAUGAUUUCAGUUUCAUAGGUGAGAAGACUGUUGCCAAAACAGUAGACGAGUCUGCCGCCUCGCCUGGCUUUGCAGUGUCUGGCCUAGCCGUGAAUGAGGAGUGCAAGCAGAAGUUCUUGGAGCUAAAAGCCAAGAGAAACCAUCGUUUCAUUAUAUUCAAGAUUGAUAAGCAAGAAGUGGUGGUAGAGAAACUUGGAGAGCCAGACGAAACUUACGAUGAUUUCACAGCCUCGCUGCCUGCGGAGGAGUGCCGCUAUGCUGUGUUUGAUCUUGAUUUCACCACUAUUGAGAACUGCCAGAAAAGCAAGAUUUUCUUCAUUGCCUGGUCACCUGAUACAUCAAAGGUGAGAAUGAAGAUGGUGUAUGCUAGCUCCAAAGAUAGAUUCAAGAGAGAAUUGGAUGGCAUUCAAGUUGAGUUGCAAGCAACUGAUCCAAGUGAAUUGAGCUUUGACAUUAUAAAAUCCCGAGCUCUUUAAGCAGCUACUCAUCCACCUUGAUUUCCUUAACAAUUAAAAUUUCUCAG